CACCACAGAGUGGAGUUUUGUCCGCUAGUAAUGAAUACGCCCCUGGUAUUUUGAGAUUUUUGAUGAUAGCUGUGAUAGCGCAAGAUGAAAAUCCCCAUGCAUAAUUGGUAGAGUAAAACUGCAAAACACACUUGGAAUAAGGUAGAUAAAUCAGCAUCCCUGCUAGUAACAGUGUCGGGACAAUGUUGGCUGCAAACUAGCAACAACAUUUUUUCAUUGCACACACAUUCAGCAAGGUGUACUACUGUGUAGUUGGCAGGCUAGCUAGCUAAGCUGUCCGUGUUGUCAGAAGCCAAGCAGGACUAACUUACUUUGAAGGCAUACAGACUCGACUAAGGGCGUUUCAUAUUAGAUAAGGCAAGAUAUUUAGAGGACAAAAAGGACAUGCUGGGCUGUAAGGAACAGGACGACGGGUGCGUAGCACCAGCUCACUGGCUGUGACCCUCUGACGGAGUACGGUAACCCAGCACCCUGAUUGUACAAGUAGACAUGCACCAGGGAUAAACCCAUUCCCUUCCCCAUCAAGUUCUUUAAACUACCCCCCCCACCUCUUUCUCAGGGGGUCUAGUGGACCAGUUUGGGUCCCAGACAGGCAGGCCCUGGGUUAGGGAAGAGAGGGAAAAGAUAAAGACUAGUUCUUUGGGGGCUAGGAGGUGAGUGAGAGGUGUGGCAUUUGGAGGAGGGAGUGCAGCAGGAGGCACAGGGCCAGCCACAGACAGGUCUGUGGUAGAGAGGGACAGUCCUCAGCCCCAGGACUCCCAGGGUCCCCAGCCGCAAGACGGCCCAGCCAUGUCUAAAGGAGGUGAGGCUCCAGACGGCGGGGAACACCCUCGCUUCUUCGUAGGCUGCGACGACAAUGAGGGCGAGGAAUUGCUGGACCCCGGGCGGGUCAUGGGCUACGACUGCCUCUACGAGAAUGUGGAAGAAGAGGAGGAGGACGAGGACGACGAGAUGUAUGAUUCGCCCCCUGAGAGGCAGAUCGUGGUGGGCAUCUGUGCCAUGUCCAAGAAGUCCAAGUCCAAGCCCAUGAAGGAGAUCCUGGAGCGCCUCUGUCUGUUCAAGUACAUCACGGUGGUGACCAUCGAGGAGGAGGUCAUCCUCAAUGAGCCUGUGGACAACUGGCCACUCUGUGACUGCCUCAUCUCAUUUCACUCCAAAGGUUUUCCAUUGGACAAAGCAGUAGCCUAUGAGAAACUCAGAAACCCGUUUGUCAUCAAUGAUCUGGAUCUCCAGUACUACAUCCAAGACAGGAGGGAGGUGUACCGGAUCCUGAAGAACCAGGGCAUCCUGCUCCCACGUUACGCCGUUCUCAACAGAGACCCUGCGAGACCAGAGGAGUGUAACCUGGUGGAGGGGGAGGACCACGUGGAGGUGAAUGGUGAAGUGUUCCAGAAGCCCUUUGUGGAGAAGCCUGUGAGUGCCGAGGACCACAAUGUCUACAUCUAUUACCCCACGUCGGCCGGAGGGGGCAGCCAGAGGCUCUUCCGCAAGAUUGGAAGCAGAAGUAGUGUUUAUUCGCCCGAGAGCAAUGUGCGAAAAACUGGAUCCUACAUUUAUGAAGAGUUCAUGCCAACGGAUGGAACUGAUGUGAAGGUGUACACAGUGGGGCCGGACUACGCCCACGCGGAGGCCAGGAAGUCCCCGGCCCUGGACGGCAAGGUGGAGCGGGACAGUGAAGGCAAGGAGGUGCGCUACCCUGUCAUCCUCAACGCCCGCGAGAAGCUCAUCGCCUGGAAGGUCUGUCUGGCCUUCAAGCAAACGGUCUGUGGUUUCGACUUGCUACGUGCCAACGGCCAGUCGUACGUGUGUGACGUCAACGGCUUCAGCUUCGUGAAGAACUCCAUGAAAUAUUAUGACGACUGUGCAAAAAUACUGGGAAAUAUCAUCAUGAGAGAGCUGGCUCCCCAGUUUUCCAUCCCGUGGUCCAUUCCUCUGGAGGCUGAAGAUAUCCCCAUUGUCCCCACCACCUCUGGAACCAUGAUGGAGCUACGGUGUGUUAUUGCUGUGAUUCGUCAUGGCGACAGGACUCCCAAACAGAAAAUGAAAAUGGAGGUUCGGCACCAGAGGUUUUUUGAUCUAUUUGAAAAAUGUGGCGGGUACAAAAACAAAAAACUAAAGUUGAAAAAGCCAAAGCAAUUACAGGAAGUGCUAGAUAUCGCAAGACAACUCCUUGUCGAAAUCGGACAGAACAACGAUUCCGAAAUUGAAGAAUCCAAAGCAAAACUUGAACAACUGAAAACAGUCCUUGAAAUGUAUGGCCAUUUUUCUGGCAUCAAUCGCAAGGUUCAGAUGACGUACCUUCCGCAUGGGUGCCCCAAAACAUCCAGUGAGGAGGAAGACGUGCGUAGGGAUGACCCUUCUCUGCUGCUGGUGUUGAAGUGGGGUGGGGAGCUGACCCCGGCAGGCAGGGUACAGGCUGAGGAGCUGGGGAGGGCCUUCCGCUGCAUGUACCCUGGAGGACAAGGUGACUACGCAGGAUUCCCAGGGUGUGGCCUGCUGCGCCUCCACAGCACCUACAGACACGACCUGAAGAUCUACGCCUCCGACGAGGGACGCGUUCAGAUGACAGCCGCUGCCUUCGCUAAGGGACUGCUGGCGCUGGAGGGUGAGCUGACACCAAUCCUGGUGCAGAUGGUGAAGAGUGCCAACAUGAACGGGCUGCUGGACAGCGACAGCGACUCUCUCAGCAGCUGCCAGCAGCGCGUCAAGGCCCGUCUCCACGAGAUCCUGCAGAGAGAUAGGGACUUCACUGCCGAAGAUUACGAGAAGCUGGCACCCACCACCAGCUCCUCCUUGAUCAAGUCCAUGCAGAUGAUCAAGAACCCGGUGAAGACGUGUGACAAGGUGUACGCUCUCAUUCAGAGCCUCACUCUGCAGAUCAGACAGAGGAUGGAGGACCCCAAGUCAGCUGACAUCCAAUUGUACCAUAGCGAGACUCUGGAUCUGAUGCUGCGGCGCUGGGCCAAGCUGGAGAAGGACUUCCGGAUGAAGAACGGCCGCUACAACAUCAGCAAGAUCCCAGACAUCUACGACUGCAUCAAGUACGACGUGCAGCACAACAGCUCCCUCAACCUGUCUAACACUAUGGAGAUCUACCGCCUGUCCAAGGCCCUGGCCGACAUCGUCAUUCCACAGGAGUAUGGUAUCUCCCAACCUGAGAAGCUGGACAUAGCCAAGGGCUACUGCACCCCCCUCAUUCGCAAGAUCCGCUCCGACCUGCAGAGGACACAGGACGACGACACCGUCAACAAACUGCACCCUGUGUAUUCCCGGGGAGUCAUGUCCCCGGAGCGUCAUGUCAGGACCAGGCUGUACUUCACCAGUGAGAGCCACGUACACUCCCUGCUCUCCAUCCUCCGCUACGGAGCUUUCUGUGACGAGACCAAAGAUGACCAAUGGAAGAGGGCCAUGGAGUACCUCAAGGUGGUCAGCGAGCUGAACUACAUGACACAGAUUGUAAUCAUGCUUUACGAGGACCCUAACAAGGACCCUUCGUCUGAGGAGCGCUUCCACGUGGAGCUGCAUUUCAGCCCGGGAGCCAAGGGCUGUGAGGACGACAAAAACCUGCCCUCAGGGUUUGGCUACAGACCAGCUUCUCGAGAGAACGAGGGAUCAAAGAAGAAGUCUAAGGAAGACAACGACGAGGAGUCGGCUGCCGCCAACGCCAAGCGGGACGAGCCGGACCGAGCAGCCCUAAUGAUGUUCAGGCCACUGGUGUCUGACCCCAUCUACAUCAACAGAAAGUGCCCACUGCCACGCUCCAAAAAGAUUGGCUCUGUGGAAUCCCCAUUGCAGCCAGACUUUAUCAAGACCGCAGCUGGCAAAGAAGAGAGCCCCCUGAGUGUGUCUAGCCCUGACUCUAUUGGUACCUGGCUUCAUUACACCUGUGGUGUUGGUACUGGGCGUCGAAGACGCAGAUCAGGGGACCAAAUCACUUCCUCCCCUGUCUCCCCCAAAUCACUGGCUUUCACAUCCAGUAUUUUUGGCUCAUGGCAACAGGUUCUGUCAGAGAACAAUGCCCAUGCACAGCGACCUGGUAGACUAUAUUCUGAACACAAACUCACCCCAGGAGUAGGGUCUCAUUGCGCUGGUCUCUUUAGCACCAUGGUGCUCGGGGCCUCCUCCAGUGCACCUAACCUACAAGAUUAUGCUCGCGCGCACCGUAAAAAGCUGACCUCUUCUGGCUUCUUAGAUGAGGCCACGCGUGGGUCUGCUGUAAAACGAUUUUCUAUCUCAUUUGCGCGACACCCAACCAAUGUCUUUUCCAGUAUGUUCUGUGGUUUUGAGCUGUACUCCAUGGUUCCGUCCAUAUGCCCCCUGGAGACCCUGCACAACUCGCUCUCGCUGAAACAGAUAGACGACUUCCUGGCUUCCAUCGCUGCAUCUCAUGAGUCACUCCUGGACAUCUCUGCCUCCUCCCCAGCUGCAAAAAAAACUCCUUUGAACACUUACACUCCUGCAAAGAUAUUGCCCUGCCCUUUCACGCAGGGCAAGAAGAAUAUGGACAAGGCUGCAACUGGGAUCAGCUCAUCGCCCACUAAAGAACCCCGGUCUGGCCCUGCCGACCCUUCCCCAAACGCUGCAGCAGGGGAUAAAGCAUCCCAGCCGUCCCCUUCUCAGCCCACCACAGAAAGUAAAGCAGCCCUGCAAUCCUCCUCUGAGGACCUGGAACCUCCUACUGGAUUCUCAGCCACCCUGAACCCAGCAACUCAACACGCCUCCAAAGAGAAACUGGAAGCCUCAACCCCAGACAAAUGGGUCAAGCAGACUCUGCAGCAUGAUGCCCAAAGUUGCAAAGUGCCACCACAAACCCAGAGUGGUGACGUGUCACCACAAUCCCCUGCCAAAGGUGCACCAAGUGGCAAAGUCCCUUCAAAGAACCCCACCCAAGAUAACCUAACUUGUAAAAUGUCCCCACACUCACCUUCCAAAGAAAUCCAGAGUGGUAAAGUGUUACCACAAACGUUUACCCAGGAUGCACCAAGUGGUAAAGUAACACCACAAGACCCUUCCCUAGACCCCACAGAAAAGGGGUCCAAGACUUCACCCCAUGACAGAGUUCACCAGGGACUGAAUUCUAAAGGGACUCUUGGAGAAGGUGCCAUGUCUUUGACCACCAGCAAGGAAAGGGAGGCAAAGCUGGACUCCAAAUAAACAAAUGUUCUGUUCAAGGUCAAAACAGUAUUGCAAUUGUUACAUAAUUAGGAUUAGAUGAACCAGAAAUCACAAUCUCAUCUAGACUAGGGUUAUUUGUUACAAAAUGCUGUUACUCAUUUAGCUGAGCUUACAACAUGGCAAUUUCAUGAUGUUUCAAUGUUUCUAGGGAGGGUGUCACUGUUGCACAGUGUGUGUGUAAAAGGCACACUUAACUAAGACAUGCAAUGUGUUUGUGAUUGUCUCUGCUACUGUAUGACUGCUUCCCAUUUGAUUCACCUGUUGCUAGCAUCUUGUAUAUUUUAAUGUAAUGCCGAUGUAUAGAAUUUAAAUGUUGAAUAUUCUGCUGCCUACAUCUCGCUGGAUUCCUGAACUGAGACUAAUGGAAUGGAUGUUCUGGCUCAUCUUGAGCCUACAAGGUCCAAGCUAUGUUUUUAAAGGGUCAGAUAAAAAUAUACUUGUUUCCUGUACAGGGUACAUAUGUUUUUCACCUAUAUUUUCAGACCUACUCUGAGCUUGCACUUCAUUUCCCAUUCAUGAAACUGGAAUCGGAAGUGUCUGCCUUGUGCACACUGUAAUGACCAUCGUUUUCACUCUUUAUUACAUUGUAAUCAAACAUGUAAUUGUUGUGUGUGUAUAUAUAUAUAUAUAUUCAGAAUAAAAGUUCAGGGAAAAUCCUAA